CCCUAAUCUAAACUCAGUAAAAUCUUAAAAGAAUCUUGGAUUUCGAAACCCUAAUCGCAAACAUCUCCCCAAUUCCUCCUUGACCGACAGCUAUUCAAGCGACUCCCACGGCACACUGAGGCGACGGCGGCGAACUUCUUCUUCGGUAACUGACGGCGGCGAACUUCUUCUUCGAUAACCUACGGCUAACCGUUGCCACGACUAUAUCACUGACCUUCGUCUUCUCGUCUUCGUUGGCUAGGGUUCACGAUAACUUCGGCGUUUCUCUCCAAUAUCCCUUCUGUUCCUGUUGAAGAUGGCUACUGCAUCAGGUGCUUUCAAAUCUAGGGAGGAUCAUCGCAAGCAACUUGAAUUGGAGGAAGCACGUAAAGCAGGGCUUGCGCCGGCUGAGGUUGAUGAAGAUGGGAAAGAAAUCAACCCUCAUAUUCCUCAAUAUAUGUCCUCUGCACCUUGGUAUCUUAAUGCUGAGAGACCAAGUUUAAAACAUCAAAGGAAAUGGAAAUCAGAUCCGAAUUAUACAAAAUCUUGGUAUGAUAGAGGCGCAAAAAUACAUCAGGCAGACAAGUACARGAAGGGUGCAUGUGAAAAUUGUGGAGCAAUGACACAUGAUGCAAAGUCAUGCAUGGAAAGGCCCCGAAAGAAAGCAGCGAAAUGGACAAACAUGCACAUAGCACCAGAUGAGAAGAUCGAGACGUUUGAACUAGAUUAUGAUGGAAAAAGAGAUCGUUGGAAUGGUUAUGAACCAGCAACCUAUGGUCGUGUCAUUGAGAGUUAUGAAGCUAGAGAUGAAGCAAGGAGAAAAUUUUUGAAAGAACAACAACUUAAAGAAUUGGAAGGGAAAAAUAAUAAGCAGAGUGAGGAUGCUGCUGAAGUUAGUGAUGAAGAUGAGGAUGAAGAUGAUUUGAAGAUUGACGAGGCAAAGGUUGACGAAAGUAAACAAAUGGACUUUGCAAAAGUUGAGAAGCGUAUUCGCACGAUGGGUGGUGGAAGCACAGGAACUGUAAGGAACUUGCGUAUUCGAGAGCAUACAGCAAAAUAUCUUUUAAAUCUUGAUGUCAAUUCAGCGCAUUAUGAUCCCAAAACUCGGUCCAUGCGGGAAGAUCCUCUUCCUGAUGCUGAUCCAAAUGAGAAAUUUUAUGGAGGUGAUAAGCAAAACAGAAUCAGUGGGCAGGCUUUGGAUUUCAAGCAACUCAAUGUGCAUGCUUUGGUAGCAUAUGACAAUGGUCAAGAUAUCCAUCUGCAAGUUGCUCCAUCACAAGCUGAACUUCUAUAUAAGAACUACAACGUUAUUAAAGAGAAGUUGAAGUUACAUACAAAGGAUGCUAUUAUGGAGAAGUAUGGGAAUGUGGCUGCCGAGGAAAAUCUGCCUCAGGAACUUUUACUGGGACAGAGUGAGAGGCAAGUUGAAUAUGACCGUGCUGGCAGAAUUGUUAGAGGCCUGAUGAUUUUCUGAAACAUAACAAGCCGAGUGAGGAUGUUGAAGUUAGUGAUGAAGAUGAUUUGAAGGUUGACGAGGCAAAGGUUGACGAAAGCAAACAAAUGGACUUUGCAAAAGUUGAGAAGCGUGUUCGUACGAGGGGUGGUGGAAGCACGGGAACUGUAAGGAACUUGUGUAUUCAAGAGGAUACAGCAAAAUGUGUUUUAAAUCUUGAUGUCAAUUCUGUGGAUUAUGAUCCCGAAAACUCAGUCCAUGCGUGAAGAUCUGAUCCAAACGAGAAAUUUUAUGGAAAUCAGUGGGCAAGGUCUGGAUUUCAAGAAACUCAAUGUGCAUGCAUUUGACAAAGGUGAAGAUAUCCAUGUGCAAGCUGCUUCAUCACAAGCUGAACUUGUCUAUUUUUGUUUGUUCAUGGGUGCAUGUGGAUUGGGGGAGUGAGUCAAAGUGGAUAAGAAAAUGUCUGUUACAAUUUUGUUACAAUUUUGAAAAUGCAUGUUUGAUUGGCUGUAUUAGCCAUUAUGUUAGGAUCCGGUGAUCCACUUUUGGAAAAAUAUGUCUAUGAUAUUGUGAAGUUUUUGACAAUAAAUGUAUCUCUAAAAUUUAUCAUUCAUUAGGCCUAUCCAAUAAUACUUUGUUUUAA